AUGUCUUUGGACUUACAUCUUCGAAACAUCCAGAAGAAUGCAAAGUCUCUAAGAACCCUCUAUUUCAAACCUCCUGGUAUUUUUACAAAUGCAAUAAUCAAUAAACCGGAAAUUACCAGGCUGAUACGAGACUCUGACCCUUUGGAGAGAUCAUUAUACACUAUAGAGGACGGCGAACCACACAGAAUAGAUGGAAUCAAUAACUAUGCAGAAACUCCAUCAGACGAAAAAACGAUUAUUAAGAUCCCAGAUUAUUCCACACAAGACACGCCGAGUACCCUAAUACAGUUGAACGAUGAAACAGAAAUCUCCGAGUUGUUGGAGAGAGCCAGCGAUCUCGUGACAAGAUACCCUCUGGAAGACAUGGCUGCCAAACUUGAAGCCAGCACUCUUAAAUACGAACAACUCCAACAGAGCAUCGCCGAGUAUGAGCUUUUAGAGCAGCAGCAGGCAGAGGAUCUGCAAGGUCACGACAUAAAUGAAGAUCAAUUGGAAGAGAUUGCAAAGGAAGAAACCAGGAUACGAGAGCUGAAACUGAUCUUGGAGCAAAAUGAUUAG